AUGUUGGCCGCCAGACGAAAGAAGGAUGCAGAGCUCUACCAUGUUUGGUACGCCCACUACCGACACGCAGUGUACUCAAUCAUCCAAUCCACUUUCGAUGAAGGUGCGGAAGGAGUCAAGAUGCUGAUCCUAAAGGAUCACACCACCAAACCGCGGCAUGCUUAUCUCUUUCGAGCGGCUAGGGAGCUACAAGACGACAUGUUGGCAGCGUUUAAAUCGGAGAAGCACCCCUUCUACGAUGACGGGAAGAAGGUCCUUGACUACACCAAGAUCAACUGGGCAUCGCAAAUUUCCCUUAAAGCUCUGGGCAAAGAGGUCAACAAACUAACGGCAGACGGGUGGGCCGUGAUCAUUGCUGCAUGCGACGUGAAGGAUGUCGGUGAGGUGAAGAGGGUGGUUCGGGCACACAACAGAGCAAAAGAACUCCAAGAAUCUCACGGGCGCGCAAAAUUCGCUUUCAUGCCGCUUUUCGAAGCUCCCCCGAUGCGGGAGAGCAAGGGCAUCAAGCAAUUUGGGUGGUAUUCGUUCUACCGCUUCACGGUGAUGGCCAAAAUGCAGAUUGCUGUGGAUGAGGGGGCCACCAGACUGCACUUAGUGGGCAUCCAGCCAGAUGUGAACAAUGACAUGACGGUGCUCGAAUAUCCCGCUCUAGAGGAGGAUCUGCAUAAUGCACAAGAGCAGCGGAAGUACCCCUUCAUUGAGGUAGAUGGCGAAAACUUGCUCUUGGAGACAGAAGACUUCACCAUGGAGCGCAUUCUGCUCCAGACUUCUCGUCCGAAAGAUGGAGACUUUCCCUACUUGGAGGAGCACACCAACGACAUGGGCUCCGUGAUGAUCGUUUCGGCAACCGAUGCGGAUGGAAGGGAA